AUGGCAGACGAGGAGAAUGUCGGCGCCGUCCAUACGAUGUGCUCUGGCUGCUGCGACAGCACUAAUUGCAAUGUCCUAAGUUGGGAGCAAGUCCAGAGGCUGGAUGCCAUCCUGACCGAGACCAUCCCCAUCCACGGUCGGGGCAACUUCCCCACCCUGGAGAUGAAGCCCAGGCAGAUCGUCAAGGUAGUGCGCUCCAGGCUGGAGGAGAAGGACAUCAAGGUGCGGGAUGUCAGGCUCAAUGGCUCGGCUGCCAGUCACAUCCUGCACGAGGACAGUGGAUUGGGCUACAAGGACUUGGAUCUCAUCUUCUGCGCAGACCUGAAAGGAGAGACCGAGUUCCAGACUGUCAAGGAUGUGGUCUUGGAUUGCCUGUUGGAUUUCCUACCAGAAGGAGUUAAUAAGGAAAGGAUAACCCCGCUCACCCUAAAGGAAGCUUAUGUUCAGAAAAUGGUAAAAGUCUGCAAUGACUCAGAUCGAUGGAGCCUGAUCUCGUUAUCCAAUAACCAUGGCAAAAAUGUGGAACUCAAGUUUGUGGAUUCCUUGAGGAGGCAGUUUGAAUUCAGCGUAGAUUCUUUUCAGAUUAAGCUGGAUUCCCUUUUGCUUUUUUACGAGUGCUCAGAGAACCCAAUGACCGAAACGUUCCACCCUACCAUUAUUGGGGAGAGCGUGUAUGGAGAUUUUCAAGAAGCCUUUGAUCACCUUUGUCACAAGAUCAUUGCCACCAGGAACCCUGAGGAGAUCCGUGGAGGUGGCCUUCUCAAGUACUGCAACCUUUUGGUAAGAGGCUUCAGGGCAGCCUCUGAAACAGAAAUGAAGUCUUUACAGAGGUACAUGUGUUCUAGGUUUUUCAUUGACUUCUCAGAUAUUGGAGAACAGCAAAGGAAGCUGGAGUCCUAUUUGCAGAACCACUUUGUGGGCUUAGAAGACCGCAAGUAUGAUUAUCUUAUGACUCUACACGGUGUGGUCAAUGAAAGCACAGUAUGUCUCAUGGGACACGAAAGAAGGCAGACUCUGAGCCUUAUCACCAUGCUAGCCAUCCAAGUCUUGGCUGAACAAAACAUUAUUCCCAAUGUGGCUAAUGUAACGUGCUACUAUCAGCCAGCCCCAUAUGUAGCAGAUGCCAACUUUAGCAAUUAUUACAUUGCCCAAGUACAACCUGUCUUUACAUGCCAGCAACAUACAUACUCCACUUGGCUACCCUGUAAUUAA